AUGGGUUGCUGUGGCUGUGGUGGCUGUGGCUGUGGUGGCUGUGGCUGUGGUGGCUGUGGCUGUGGCUGUGGUGGCUGUGGCUGUGGUGGCUGUGGUGGCUGUGGUGGUAGAUGCUGUGGCUGCUGUGGCUGCUGCCGUCGCUGCUGUGCGUGCUGCUCCCCCAUCAUCUACUGCUGCCGCCGCAGCUGCUGCAACUCCUGUGGUGGCUGUGGCUGUGGCUGUGGCUGUGGCUGUGGGAAAUGCUGUGGCUGUGGCAAGUGCUGUGGCUGUGGCAAGUGCUGCUGUCAGCAGAAGUGCUGCUGUCAGAAGAAAUGCUGCUGCUAG